AUGGCCAGCGUACGUGAUGACCUGGAGAGCUCGAGCACUAGCUCCAUCCCCGACAAGGAGAGGCUGGAUGCCGAGAAGGGCGCAGUGAAGGAUAAUGUCGCGGUAACUGAAUUUGACGACCCUAAUUUGGAUGACAAGGAAGCUCUCGAGUUCGCCGUCGCCAACACGGACGACUUCGACAUGCCGUCGUCGACCAUUCGAACUUGGGUCAUGGGUAUCAUCUGGGCGGUAAUUAUCCCAGGCAUGAACCAGUUCUUCUUCUUCCGUUACCCGUCCGUCAACGUCGGCAGCUACGUUGCACUGCUGCUGUCGUUCCCCGUUGGGCGUUUCUGGGCCAGGUUCAUGCCUAAGGUCAAGAUACUAGGCGUAUCCCUCAAUCCUGGACCAUUCACCAUCAAGGAACACGUCCUGAUCACUAUCAUGGCGGGUGUAGGCGCGGGCUCGGCAUAUGCGACCGAUAUCGUUGCCGUUCAACGAGUGUACUACAGCCAGGAGUACAACUUCAUCUAUCAGUGGAUGGUGGUGAUGAGCACCCAGUUGAUCGGGUUCUCGAUCGGUGGCAUUCUACGAAGGUUCCUUGUCCAGCCUGCGUCGAUGAUCUGGCCCACCAACCUGCAGCAAUACUCCGGUAUCGGUAACCGCGGUGGUAUCAGCCGAGAGCGGUUCUUCGGCUUUGUGUUCCUGGGAUCGUUUUGCUGGUACUGGUUCCCGGAUUACAUCUUCCAGGCCAUGUCGUACUUCAACUGGGUCUGCUGGAUCGUCCCGAAUAAUGUAGUCGUCAAUCAGCUCUUCGGCUACUCGAGCGGCUUGGGCAUGUCGCUGCUCACCUUCGACUGGGCCCAGAUCUCGUACAUCGGGUCACCGCUCGCAACGCCAUGGGGAUCAUACGACCGCUAUGGCAACAGCUACAACGUCACCGCCAUUACGAACCCGGAUGCCUCGCUCAACAUGGGGAAGUACGCAUCAUACAGCCCGCUCUUCCUCUCGACGACGUUCGCCAUGACUUACGGGCUGUCGUUUGCGUCGAUCACGUCGAUCAUCACGCACACGUUCCUCUACUUCCGCAAGCAAAUCUGGGUCCAAUCCCGUCGCGCCAUGAGCGACCAGCCGGAUAUCCACUCUCGCCUCAUGUCGCGGUACCGUCAGGUUCCGAAUGGUGGUCAUACAGCCAUCAUGUUCGUGUUCGGCAUCGUGUCUAUUGAGGUGUGGCACACCGAGUUCCCUGUCUGGGCCUUCGUACUCAGUUUGGUCAUCGCGUUCGUGUACUGCAUUCCAGUCGGCAUGAUUCAGGCUAUCACCAACCAGCAACUCGGAUUAAAUGUCAUCACCGAACUGAUCAUCGGCUACGCCUUGCCCGGUCGGCCCAUUGCCAUGAUGAUGUUCAAGACCUGGGGCUACAUCACCAUGGCGCAAGCGUUGACGUUCACGUCCGACUUCAAGUUGGGUCAUUACAUGAAGAUCAACCCACGCGAGAUGUUCUGGGCGCAGGUGGUCGCUACCGUUAUUGCUGGCACGGUGCAGCUUGCCGUGCAGGCAUGGAUGUUUACAAACAUUCCGGACAUAUGCUCCCCGUCCCAAGCAAAUGGUUUCAUCUGCCCCUCGACUGAAGUGUUCGGUACUGCGUCGAUCAUCUGGGGUGUGAUUGGCCCGGCCCGCCAGUUCUCACAGGGACAGAUUUAUUACGGUCUUGUCUGGUUCUUCCUUGUCGGCGCCGUUUGUCCUUUGGUUGCCUACCUCGUCGCACUCAAGUGGCCCAACUCAUUUGUCAAAUACGUCAACUUCCCUGUCAUCUUCAGCGGAACUGGUGCCAUCCCGCCGGCAACGGCCAUCAACUACGUGCCGUGGGCGAUCGUGGGCUUCAUUUUCAACUACAUCAUUCGCCGCCGCCACUUCUCGUGGUGGACGAAGUACAACUACGUCCUGUCCGCGGGUCUGGAUUCGGGUGUUGCUAUUUCGAUCAUCGUCAUCUUCUUCUGUGUGCAGUACCCCCUUGCCGGUGCCAUCGGAAAGAACACCAUCCAGGCAUGGUGGGGAAACACUGUCCCCUUCGACAACGCCGACGGCCGCUCUGCGAGUUACAAAGUCCUGGCCGAGGGAGGCCACUUCGGGUAA